UCAUGGAAUUAUAUCUGUAGGAAUGGGAAACACCAGGAGUAAAGAAAGACUUCAAGUCUGUGUUUUAUCUUGUCUCACAAUACUUGAUGGCUGGUAGUUCGGCACUAUUGCUACCGUUCAAUCCACGUAUUAAGGUUGUAUACACAAGCAAGUAACCAAGGCAACGGAGCUAUCCGGUUCGAUUCCUCAGUUGAAAGAGACCAUCCUUCAAAAUGAUAUUCCCAACAACAUUGAUUUGGAUCUUGGGAUGUAGUCUGGUACCUCUUGUUACAACCCAAGAGAUAACCUACAAUAUACCUGAGGAGGAGGUUGGAUACCAUGUAGGCAACUUGGUUGAGGACCUAACCUUACCAACAGACUCUGCGACUCGAUUCCAAUUGCUAACCACUGCAUCAGCGAACCUCACCUAUUUUGAACUCAACAGCGUUACGGGUGAUAUCACGACAAUCCGGAAAAUUGAUAGAGAAACUGUUUGCCCAAUACGGAGUGAAACUUGCCAAUAUGAGUUAGAGGUACUGGUCUCGCCUCAGUCUUCCUUCCGCUUCAUCAAUAUUCAUGUAAUCAUUGAAGACAUCAACGACAAUGCUCCAUUCUUCAGUGAAUUUGUUCUUCCUAUUGAGGUACCGGAGACGGUAGCCAUCGGAACUAAGAUACCCCUUGAGAACGCUCAAGAUCCUGAUAUUGGGAUCAACUCAGUCCAAGAGUACGAACUUCUUAACGACUACGGUGGAAAGUUCGGAGUCUACCUACAGCGUUAUGCCGAUAACUCUGUCUUGCUGCAACUUGAAGUAACUGGUGGGUUGGAUCGAGAGACUCGUGGUACAUAUCUGUUGACGCUUCUAGCUCAUGAUGGGGGUAAUCCAUCCCUGACGGGUUCAGUUACCUUGAAUGUAACAGUCCUGGAUUCAAAUGAUAAUACUCCACAGUUCCAACAGUCUAGUUAUGCUGUCAGUAUUGAAGAGAAUAUCGCCAUCGGGACUGAGAUUCUCAAAGUACAGGCUGUGGAUCCUGACUGGGGCACCAAUGGGCAGAUUCAAUAUUCAUUCAGUAGUAGUGUCACACAAGCCGCAAGACAAGUAUUAGAAAUCGAUGGCGCAUCGGGAAGUCUAAGUGUCAUAGGUAUACUUGAUCAUGAGCAGCAAGCAAGCUACCAGCUGAUUAUCCAAGCAACAAAUAGAGUUACUAACCCAGUGCCUGAUUUUACUACAGUGACUAUUGAUAUCAUUGAUAUGAAUGAUAAUGCCCCGUCAUUGACUGUUAAUGCCCUAGGUGGUGGUACUAAUGACCAGGUACAUGUGAUGGAGAACACUGCAAUUGGUACUUUAAUUGCAUUCAUCAAAGCAUCUGAUCCAGAUAGUGGCCGAAGUGGCGAUGUUCGUAUAUCAUUGUCGAAUACUCACUCUGAUUUUGAGCUUCAGGAGGUCAGUGACGGGCAAUACUUCAUUGCGUCUUUGCGAGCAUUAGACAGAGAAACACUGCGGGGAUAUAACAUUUCAGUUAGAGCUGAAGAUCAUGGGUCACCAGCACGAAGCACUGUUCAAUAUCUACUCAUCAGUGUGGACGACAUCAAUGAUAACGCUCCAUACUUCUCUUCCCCGAUCUACUACACCAACAUCCAAGAAAACAAUAUACCUCCAACGCCCAUUGUGACUCUCACAGCUACCGACCCAGAUGAAGGGACCAAUAGUGAUAUUAUUUAUCAUCUAUUCAUGGAAGGGAAUGACUUUGCCGUUGACCCUUCCUCAGGUGUCGUAACUUCUAACAUUGUCUUGGAUCGAGAGGUACUGUCGACCAUGAAUAUGCGCAUAAGCGCAUGCGACAACGGCCUACCCAUCCUGUGCAGAAAUACUACCUUAGUCAUUGAUAUUGACGAUCAGAAUGAUAACGCACCACUAAUUGAACAAUCCAGCUACCAAUUCACAGUAACUGAGAAUGAGUUGGUCAACUCUGUGGUUGGUUUCAUCAAAGCCACGGACUCUGAUUACGGCCAGAAUUCACAGCUUGCUUAUGCAAUCCAAGAAGCAGAUGCAAAGGAGUUUUUUCGUAUUGUUGAGCAAACAGGAAAGCUCCUCACGACGAGGAAUAUCGACCGUGAAGAGUACCAGUCAUUUGAGUUCACAGUGAUGGUUUCUGAUCAUGGUGUUACACGACAAGUAUCUCAAGUACCCGUACGCGUCGAUGUACAUGAUGCAAAUGACAACGCUCCAAAUGUUGUCUACCCAACGGCAGCCGAUGAUACUUUCUUCAUUCCUGCUACAGCUGACCCAGGUUUCCUAGUCGUAUCCGUUGAUGUUUCCGACCCCGACCAAGGUUUAAACUCCCAGUUAUCAUUCAGUAUGAGUAGUGGAAACACAGAUGGCAUAUUUGGAGUUAACAGCGCUGGUCAACUGAUUACAGCUCAAACGAUACAAACCAAAUGGGAAGGAGUUCACAAAGUAACUGUUCAAAUCUCCGACGGCGGAGAGACACCUCAGAUAACACCAUUAUCCAUAACUGUUGUGAUUACGAAUUUAGAUUUCAACAUGUCACUCCCGGCCAAUGUGUUCUUCAAGCGGUUUAACCUCACAGCAGCCGACUUUGGUCUUAUUGACGACACGGUGCCACAUACUGACAACAAUAAUCCCAUAACAACAUGGCCUGUUAUAACUGCAAUCGUUCUCGGAUCCACAGUUCUGCUUCUCCUUCUUGUGAUCAUCCUGAUUCAUUUCAAAUGCCGAGCCAGACCAACACCCAAGCAGACUUAUAAAGAACCCUCUAACCUAUCCAAUAGUGAUACUGUAACGAGCGUGGAAUACUACUCUGAAAGUCAUGGCGUACAAAGAAAGCUAUCGACAGACUCCUCUCAAGUCUCAAUCACAACAUCUUUAAGUUCAAUACCAUCUAAGAACAUCAUGAAAUGGAGAGCCCAAGCAGCACAGAAUGGAUCUAUAGAUUCAAGGCUUGGGAACCUUCAGAUGACGACGUUUGGAAGUAACUCUGAUGUUAGGUCAGAUACAUCAGCUAGACAAACACCAGAUAAUGACGCAGAGGUGCAGAAACUGUUACAUGUAGCUCAACUUCACCCUAUUCACAGUGAAACCGAUGCUGUUAGUGAUAACUCUAAUAGGAGUAGCUACGAUAGCGGACAGGGUGAUCAUGAUUAUCAUGAUCCUCAUCAUGAUCAUUAUACUCCGUCUGACCGAGUCCGAUCUUCAUCAUGCCCAAGACUCUCCAAUUCAUCUCAACAAGGAGGUCCGUAUAAUAGAGACCACUACAUGGCAAGUCCGAACUGUACCCCUGAAUGCGCAACACUAGGGCACUCUGACCUAUGCUGGGAUGAUGCAUCGACACCGCGCAGACCACGUUCAGCUUCAGCUAAUGUCUACUCACAACAACCGAUACAUAAACCGAUCAGCAUGUAUGCCAACAGAUCUACGGGAUACCAUGGAAAGCCUCAUGGAAACAAUGACAGACUAUCCUAUGAUGAUUACGACAACGCUUCUCCGCACCAUAAUACCUUCCCAAGAAACACUGGUACCAAUGCUUCACAGGUAGCCAACACACAUCAAAAUGGCUUCAACACAGGACCAUCAGCUAAACAACGAUCUAAUAGCUCACACAGCAACGCUGCAACAUCAGACCAUAGUAAUAAUGGCAAACAUUAUAGAAACAAUGCACCACCAUUGAUUUUAUCGCCAAUAACGGAGGAUCCAAUGGAACUAACAGAUAGUAAGAACUCCAUCGCAGCAAACAAUCUCAACGAAGCGUAUCAGUAUCCCCAUGGUAACACUGAGCAGGCUUAUCCAAUCAGCACGUUGAUACGUCAUAAAGAUGGUACAGUGUAUCCUAGGUAUGACAAUUAUGGUCGGCCUCACUCCUACGCAGGACAUGAUGAUACAGAAGCAGACUAUGGGUACCGGAGUGAUGUUACUGCUGACAUGACUCCUGAAUAUUAUUGAGCCUUGUAGUGAAUGCAGUCAUAUUCUUCAUCCAAGUUGACAAUAGCACUCCGCACUAAUGACGUCACUUUUGCUUAAAGAAACCCGGCUGUCAGACGAACAUUCACGCGCAACUGAAACAUGGUGCAACUGAAGUGGAUAUCGGAGUGAUGUUACCAGUGAUUUGACUCCUGAAUAUUAUUGAUCCUUGCUGUGAAUGCAGUCAUAACCUUCAUCUGCAAGUUGACAAUAGCACGUCGCAGUAAUGACGUCACUUUUGCUGUCAGACAAACAUGCCACACCAUCUAAGUGAUUACUGUGCCAUCGACGCGCCAAACUGCACAAGUAGUGUAGUUAGGUGCGAUUAAACAAACAAUUUGGAUGAACGGCUCGUUAGUGAAAUUUGACACUUUAGUCUGAGAUCCGGGAACUUAGCUUCUGUUUUUAGUAUUAGUGCCGAGUGCUAGUACAGAGCUGAAUCAACUCAUACAAUGCCAUAGACAUUUUGUAACUAUAAAUCAUAUGCUUCCAUCAGUCGUAGGACACCAACUGGCAUAUAACUGUGUUUGACUGAAAUAGAACAGGGUUUAAGUGUAGGUUUGUGCCAGCAGUCACAAUAAGAUUAGCAUAAGACUGCAACGGAUUAGCGGCGACGAACGUGUUUCCUCUGAAGUUCAAACUCCUUCCAUGGUCCUUUCUCUAUGGUCUAUGAAAAGCAUCUGCA